AUGCUGCCAAUGGUGGCGUACCGUAUGCCCCCGAACAGCUUCACGGUGAAGACGCCCUACUGCGCGAACCUCACGCUGCUGCCGCUCGUGGCGACCUGCCUACGCCCGACGAGUUUCCUGGCCUGCGUCAACGAGUACCACUGCAUGGACACGAGUUUCCUGGUGAUGAUGGCAGUCCUCACCUGCUUGCUGCUGCCGGCACUGGCGGUGAUCUUACAGGUCGACCUCCUGAAGAUCAGCCUGGCGAUCUGCACGACCUCGCUCCUGACGAGUUUCGUGGUGAUGAUGCUCCUCUGCACGGACCCGCUGCUGACGUCGCUGGUGGCGAACAUCAUGAACACGAGCUUCCUGGAGGCGACGGCCUUCCCCACGUACCUGCUGCUGCCAGCGCUGGCAGUGAUAUCGCGGUGCGGCCGCUGCGCCGAUUCGACAGGUGGCGCAACCGUCCUUGCGAACCCGCUCUUUACCCACACUUCUUCGACGCGACAUCUGCGGAAAUGUAACAUCGCUCCGAGCUGGGCAGUCCGCGCUCCGCGACACCCAGCUCAUCACCUCCCCUCUUCUGUGUCUCUGCUGCCACCCAUCCCGCCGUUUCCUGCGCUGCGCGUUUCUCUCAAUGCCGUUUGA